AUGUUGUUCCUCGAGGCUGUUGGUCCGCUCGAUGCAUCUCGUGCACCCCUGGCUGUGAUCAGGACCAUGAAGAGGACAGAACUCAGCCAAGGCGAGAACUCAGGUGAAUGUUACCUGAUGGAGUGGUCAGACUGGAGCUCAUGUGUGAGCAUCUGCGUCAAAGAUGCAGGAGUGGACUUUGGCUCGGUUCAGGUUCGCUCUCGGGCCGUUUUGGCCCAGGAGCCUGAGAACCUGCAGCUGUGUCCGGACCAGGCGUGGGAGUCUCAGCCCUGCAGCGGGGGCGAAUGUUACGAGUACAAGUGGUUCAGCAGCAUUCGUCCAAACUCCACCCGCCCGCUUAUCUGGUGUCAGCGCUCCGACGGACUCAGCGUCACCGGAGGUUGUCCUCCCAUGAACCCUCCGAUGACCAACAGCUCCUGUGACCCUCUCUGUCUCAUGCCCAAGUCUUUCUGCAGCGAGGCUGGCAUCUGUAUGUGCGAGGAGGGCUUCACAGAGGUGCUGUCGUCCACCGGGCAGCUGGACCAGUGCGCCCCCAUCCCAGUCCUGGAGAUCCCCACAGCGGGGGACAAGAAGGGCGAUGUGAAGACCAGCCGUGCCAUUAACCCCACCCUGCCCAGCGCCACCCAGCCCGGACGCACGGGACGGACCUGGUACCUGCAGCCCUACGGACCAGAUGGGAAGCUGAAGAUGUGGGUGUACGGUGUAGCAGCUGGAGCGUUUGUGCUCCUCAUAUUCAUAGUGUCUAUGAUAUACCUAGCUUGCAAAAAGCCAAAGAGGCCUCAGAGACAGAGGCAACAAAACAACCGACUAAAACCUCUGACUCUCGCCUACGACGGGGAUACGGACAUGUAGCCCCCCUCUCCCUCCCCCCAGGAGACGCUUCCCCCGUCAUAGAACUUCAUCACGCCACCACAGUGAGGGACAUGGAUGUUUGCAGCUGGAAUGGACAUGUCACAGAGCGGAGAUCUUACACAAAUCCUCUUAACAGAGACACUAGUGAGUUUAACCAUUUCAAAUAGAGCAGCAAUCAGCCCCCCUCCCCCUUUUUCUGUGUGUUUUCUUGACUUUAUUUUCUUUCCCAUGAGCCUUCACGACCUCCACGAGUUCAACGAAAUGCCUUUUUCUGCCCCCGUGCGCGUCCACGUCCACGUCUCGGUAAUAAAACGGAUUGGCCAGGUGCAGGAGACGGACCCGGCUUUCUGCUGCCAUCUCUGAACGCGGCAGCAGCAGCAGCACAACCUCCAGCUCCCCCCCCCACCUCCCCCGUGCUUUUCUGCUUGUCCCUUAAAAUGCUGAGUCGCUGGAGGCUUAGGAUGCGCUGACGGUUCGUACGUUGCCAAAAGUCACCGCAGGGAGGAGGUGGAGGAGGAGGAGGAGGAGGAAAAUCUCCAUGAAUAGGUUUGGAUUCCUUUUUUGCAAUCCUCAACUGGGGUUUCACUCAAAUCUCUUUUGCAGUCUUGAACAAAAGGGAGGCAUUUCGUCCUUUUUCUUUCUGCUUGAUUCCGAGGCACACAGGCCUGUGUUCGUGGGAUAAACUGAUCUGCUCGAUGCUGAUGGAGGAGAAGCCUGCGAUCAGUUGUUGGUGGACACUCCUGCCUGCCUGCCUCCACCCUUUGCUUUGUUUCAGGCACUUACAUUGCACUAUAUUAGUGCAGCAUGAUAUGCACAUGUGACUUCUACCGUUUAUUGCCAUAAAACACUGCCUCUCUCUCAGACAGAACCACAGACAGAGGAACACCAGAACAUUCAGAGAAAAAAACCGCGGCAGCAGAGGAAGAAGUUUAGACAUGUCACAUUCUACAGAACAGGUGUGAAUCUCAAGUAAAUAUAUGUAUAGAUUUUAUUUCUCACCACGGAUUAUUUUUGGUUGUUGUAAAGUACCUUUUGUGGUUUGUAGGUUUCGUCCGGUGUUAUCACUGUUUUUCUGCCCAGAUGCAAUUAAACAUUUAAACUACGACGUCAGCAGGCGACUUGUUUUAACCACCUGCUUUAAAAGUUCUUUUUACAUGUAAGAAUUCAGAUUCAAUUCAAAUUCCUUUUUCUUUUUUUUUCUUUUUUUUUACCCGCAGGAGUGCAUCGUGGAAAAGUUUUAACGUGAUUAAAGAAAAAGAAACACCAAUAAAUUAUAAAUAAAUAUUUAAAACCAUUCAUGCAAAUGUCAUUUCUGCCUUACUGACAAUAACUGAAUACUAACCGUCCUGUAAUAGAGUUUUUAAUACUUGAAUGGGGCUCAAACAUCGUACACUGCAGCAUAUAGAUAUAUUAAAGGAAAAAUGUGCUUUUCUUUUUAAGGAAAAGUAUGAUUUUUAAAACUUUUUCAUGUGGUAGCUGUAUCAUAGUUCCUCUAUUAUGUUUCAGCCGUACUACAUGAGGUGAAAAAUGAAUUAAAAAAUAUCUGUACAAACAGAAAAUAUACAAUAUAUGAACAAUAAGACAGCAGCUUCUGCUGAGUAAAAAAAACUGGUGUGAAGAAUGUUUACUUUUUUUUGUUGUGGGAUUUUGUAAAUAACAGCAGUUUUUUUUAUUUUUUUUUGUCGGGGGGGAGAAAAUCUGAGUAAGUGUACAUUUAUUUUGUAUCACACAGAAAACGUUUAGUUUGACUAUUGCAAAGUGGGUGUAUGAUAUUUGCUGAUUGUCGUUAUCAUGAUGCAAGUUGUAUGUUGUGAAAAAAAAAGAGACCAUGAUGAAAAAGACGGCUCGUUUUGUACAGGUUGUUUAUAUGUUC